CCUGUUGCACCUGUCUUCUUUUUGUUCUUAGAUUAAAUACCUUUUGUACCUACAAGUUGUCUCUUGGGGCCUUCUGCACAUUGGGAUCAUCACAACCACCGCUGCAAUGCGACCUCCGCGUAACAGAAUGUUCUGACCAGAUAGUGAUCCCGCAGAAGACUUCAGCGAGGAGGAGAUGAGGUAUUGUGAGAGGAGAAUCUUUGAGGGCAUGGAGUCAGAGGCACGGCUUUACUCUCCGAAAGACUUGUAGAGUAUGAUAAACAGACACUUUUUGGCGGAGCACCUUUCCAGCACGUCGUCGACGCAGACGAAAGCCGAACCCAGUGGCCUCUCCAAACAAACCUCCACAAUGCCAGCCUCAGGCGGCUUGAGCGGUUAUCCAGCGCGGCCAAGGCCCGAGGGAACCAGCCGAAGCCCCACCGCUGCCAAUAUCGGCACUCUGGCAUCCCAAAGCCCAGCCCCCACCAAUACCAGCACCCCGGCUUCCCAAAGUCCGGCCCCCGCCAAUGUCAGCAUCUCGGUUUCCCAAAGCCCACCCUUGGCUUCUGCUCCCGCUAAGGCCGUGAGUCGAACGCGCCCCCGGCAAGCCACAGACACCGUCUUGAAUCCGCUUCCUGAGGGGGGGCUAGUGCUGGGAGAUGUGCAAGAACGGCCGCCAUCUCCAGCGCUCUGCCCAGCCCGUCCGCUGCCUCCAGCGCUCCGGCCGGCGCCUCCAGCUGCUCCAGCGAGUCUGCCACAGCCGCCGCCCGCGUCUCCGAUGGUGCUGCCGCACAAGCGCUUGUCCAGCACUCGCCUUCCCCUUCAUCGUCGGCCGAGAAUCCUCUUCAGCUGCCAAGAAUGUGGCCUUUUCAUGGACGCCCUUAGCGCUAUAAGCAGCAUUGCCCAGGACCCGGGCGUGGACCUUUACGACUGCUGGUGCGCCGCUCAUUCGCCUCCUUGUCAGCCACGAAUGUGGCCGUUUCAUGGGCGCCCGCCUCGCCAGUUGCCAUCUGACUCUUCCCUGCUGGCUGCGAGGACACAUGGCUAG